AUGGCCUUCGUAAGAGCUGUCAUUCGUUUUACGCGAAACCAAUUGGUAAACGAACCGCAGACGUCGCAGGAAAAGCUUCUACUGCUGCUGUACCAGACGAACUGGGUCGUCGCUGACCUGCCAGGCACGAUCUACGCGUGCUCAGGAAGGAUGCUUCUACUGGUGGUCAACUAUGAUGACGAAAUCAUGGAAAGUUGGGAGAGAUUUAAAGCUUUUAUGAAGAGAGCCAACUUCACGGAAGCGGCCGAUCAAAUCACCAAAGGUGAGAUCUCAAGUCUGGAAACGGCUAUGAAGCAGAACUCGACGUGUGGUGACGACCUCAAGACGCUAACCACCCAGGUUUGGUUGACGGUGAACGAGUACAGAGAGAAGAACCCAAAGAUCAGCAAGGGUGAACUCCGUCUGAAGAUGAGUGAAUCGGACCUCAUUACGUACGAGAUCCCCCGGGUAACCAACAACUGUAUGCCCAAGAUGAUCUCCGAGUCUAGUGUCGCUACCGCGUACAAGACUCGAGAAACGCUUCGCAAGACGUACACAGUGAUGAUCAACGAUCUCACCAAGUCUGGCAAGAGUGACAACGGUACAUCCAUGGCCGCGAAGUACCAGGCCUACACAUGGCUCCAGUUCUUGCAGACUAUCUGCGGUCCCACCCAGUUCAUGGGUGAAAUCGACGACGGAAAUGAAGCUGCCACUCUGGGAAUGAAUGCGCUUCACAAGGCCUUCAAGAACAGUACUCUAUCUUGGAAAAAGAAAGGUGACGGGGCGGUCAUUGUAAACUUCAAGAGCAAAGAUACGAAGGACGUCACAAUUAAUAUAAUGUCUGGUGGCGACAAGAUCGACGAAAUUGACCUCAAGGCCGGGGGAACAGCCCGGUGGAGGUCAAACGUUACAACACUAGGGGGCAAGACACUGUACCUGGAUCGCUGGCGUCCAGGCUUCCUUGGUCUCCCUGGCACGGGUGGCGGUUCCCUGGUGUUGUGGGUUCCCAUUUCACGUCAAGGGGGCCAUUUGGAGGUCACUGCCCAGCUCAACGUGAGCUAG